UUUCGUCAUUUCUGGGUAGAUUUCCGUGUGCGCUCUGGUCUUCGGGAUGGCACGCUUGUUAAGUUUACGAGUCCCGGCAGGCAUUAGGCAGGAACCCAUUGCCUUCUGGGAGUUGUAGUUUCUCGGGCGCUGAAGCCACGAUAUUCCGAUAGACCGAGACUCGGUUUCCCAGGAACCCGAGCGAGAUUGAACAGGACCAAAUCCUGGGGAACUGGCGGGACACUGUGGGAAAGGCGGCAGGGUAUUGAAGGGUGUACGGACCUUGGAACGGUGAGCGGACCCUGGAACGGUGAGCACUGGCCUCUCUAGGGCCGCGACCAGGGCAUUCCCGUGCCUGUUUUUGCCAGCCCACCGUCCGGACCCGGGUGGUGCCUGCAGUAUGUACCCAGAGAGGCUGCGCUUUACUGAGAGCCGGUGAUGGGAGGAGCAGCUGAUGGAGAUCCCCUGUCACCAGCAUCUCCCAGCGCUCAUCUAUUGUAUGUCCACACUGUUAUGAUCUCAUGGUUGACUCUCUCCUUAACCUCACCUAACCUGCAGCUCCACAUCUGUCCGCGGUAGGAUACCCUUUAACCACCCAGCUUCGCGAGGCCUCCCGCCCGGCUGUGAGUAGAGGCACCUGGCACACAGUGGAGGUGUGGGACGGGUGUCAGGUCGUAUGGCGGAGACAGAGGCUGGCCUGGAGGCUGAGGAACCCACCGAGGAUGACACCCUGCCUUCUGACACCGUCUCCCUCAGCGACUCGGACUCGGACCUUAGCUUACCUAGUGGUGCGGAGGUCCAAGUGUUGUCCCCAGAGAGGCUUUCCGGGGAGGGCCAGGAGGACUCCGGCCCUGAUGACCCUCCCUCGCCCCCCAUGGCCACCCUCACCCCUGCAGUGCAGCCUUUCCACCUCCGAGGCAUGAGCUCCACCUUCUCCCAACGCAGCCACAGCAUCUUUGAUUGUCUGGAGAGUGCAGCCCGGCAAGCACCGCGCUCUCCUCCCCAAACAAGUGUGAGUGACAAUGGCAGCUUCAGGCGGCCUGUAGCUCCCCCAAGUCAGACUCCAGCAAGGAGCCUGAGCCGAGUGCAAGGGAGCACUGGCCCGACCAGGGUACUCCCUGUCCCUGAUUAUGUGUCACACCCUGAGCGUUGGACCAAAUACAGUCUGGAAGAUGUGUCUGAAGCCAGUGAGCAGGGCAAUCGUGAUGCUGCCCUGGCCUUCCUGAGCUCUCGAAGGCAGGCAUCCCCCACAGACUAUGCGCCUUCUUUCAACCAGGACCCCUCUAGCUGUGGGGAGGGAAGAGUGGUCUUCACCAAACCAGUGCGGGGCAGUGAGGCCAGGCCUGAGAGGAAGAGAGUCCUAAAGAAGGGGGUUGGGUCAGGUACUGGGGGUGAGGCCCCUGUGCAGCUAGCCCAUCUCGACGGACCUGAGGCUGAGGAAUGGAGUGGCCACCAGGGGCAGCCAGAGGUAGUGGUACCUUCAGAAGCUGCCCAUCCUGAGCCCUCAUCAGGUAUGAGGGCUGUUGGUUUCCAUGGCAGCAAGAAGCGGAGCAGAGACCACUUCAGGAACAGGGACAGUAACCCCGAGGGGCCAGGGUCUGAGAGAGGACCCUCAGUUUGACUGCAGUGCCACCCCUCACCUGCCAGUCAGCAAUCUAUAGUAGGGGGAUGUGAGUAGCAGCUCUGGCAGAGACUGUGGGAAUUGUGGGUCAGGGGACCUUGAAGGCCUUUGUGCCCCAGUGAUUUAGGAUGAAUAAUAAAAGUUUGGAAUAUUUCUUGAA